CUCCGUCACGCCGAUCUCCGAUCGUUGUAAAUGUGCUGGUUAGGCCUCGAAACAAUUGCUUCAGGCAUCCUAAUUAUCUUAGAUUGCCAAGGUCUCUAUUCGGACAUCUCCAUGUUGCAAACAUGACAUACCUGGGCGCAGAGUCGUCCAAGGAAAAGGAAACAUCGCAGAUCGAGAAAGAUCGAAAACGCCAUUGCUGGGAAUGUCUCCGCCGCCGCCUAGUCUGCGACUCGACACGUCCUGUAUGCAACAGAUGUUCUAUUCGUGGGCUCGUAUGUCUUGGAUAUGAUAAUGUGAAGCCCUUGACGUUCCUCGCGCCAGGAAGAGUAACAUCUCGGAAUCGGAGGGCUAAAGGGACCGCAUCUCAUAAACUAGAGAACGAUCACCAUGAAUUAACGACCAGGACCAGGCCAACGCUGUCACCCAGGACUGAGGAUGUGAUAAUUUCUCAUAUUGAAAUGAGAUCCGAGGCCUGUGAUAUAAUUCAGGCUGUACAAUAUUGCAAGUAAAUAUGAAAAGCCACAUUUUGGAAAGGAAAAACUAACUCGCAUAGAUAAUACUUGCAUAUACCAAGACAUGAUAAAUCUCAACGAACUCGGGCCAACACCCCACUUAUAUCCUUCAGCAGUUGAUACCAUACUCUUAGUGAACUUUCUGUGUCUAGGAUUCUUUGAGUCGGGUUUCGGAGACAUUAACCACAUAUACCAAGACCACUAAUAGUUAUAAUUGAAAUAACUACAGCGAGGUGUGAGGCUCAUGGCUCCGACCUCUCCGCACUUCAUUCACAUAGGCAGAUUAAAGCAGCAAGUUUACGCAGCUGGCGAAGAUAGAAACCAUUAAAGGCCACAAAGUUAAGGCCACAAAGCAAAUCGG